AUGAAGACUGUACUCUUUGCGUUCUUGUGCUCAGGAGUUUUCAUAGUCUGUGUGGAAGGAAACGCUGUACCUCCAGUAACAAAUGAAGAUAUACUUACGGCGGUCCUGGAUAAUAAAGCACAGCUCGACAACAUAGUAUCCACUCUUUUGCCGGGCAUAGUGGCGAGUAUCGCAGGCGUUGAUGCCAAGGCUGACGCACUGCAAGCUUCUGCAGACUUUCUUCAACUCACGGUCGAUGACAUUGAUGUCAAGGCUGACGCACUGCAGACUUCUGCAAACGCAAUUCAAAUCACGGUCGAUGCCAUUGAUGUCAAGGCUGACGUACUGCAAACUUCUGCAGACGCAAUUCAAGCCACGGUCGAUGCCAUUGAUGUCAAGGCUGACGCACUGCAGACUUCUGCAGACACAAUUCAAGCCACGGUCGAUGCCACUGAUGUCAAGGCUGACGUACUGCAAACUUCUGCAGACGCAAUUCAAGCCACGGUCGAUGCCACUGAUGCCAAGGCUGACGUACUGCAAACUUCUGCAGACGCAAUUCAAGCCACGGUCGAUGCCACUGAUGCCAAGGCUGACGCACUGCAGACUUCUGCAGACGCAAUUCAAGCCACGGUCGAUGGCAUUGAUGUCAAGGCUGAUGUACUGCAGGCUUCUGCAGACGCAAUUCAAAUCACGGUCGAUGACAUUGGUGCCAAGACUGACACACUGCAGGCUUCUUCAGAUCGAAUUGAAGACAAGAUCGAUGGAAUAGACACUUCUAUAGACGCCAUUUAUCAGUGCACUGUAUCCAGUGGUUGUGACAGUCGUGAUUCUAGUAAAUAAGAUCAAAGGCAAUUGUUGUAUGUUUAAAAAGAUCACAUUAAAAAUUUCGGAUAAAUACUUUGAAACUUUAAGAAGAAGUAAUGCUAUAGGUAUUUAAUUAAGGGCUGUCAGACAGAUUAACAAGAAAGUACGCUUCACAAUAAAUCUAUAAGAAGAUCUUUUGGAAGCAUAGAACGCGACAAAGCAAACAUAAAAGCAGACUCGGUUUAAUUGAGUCUGUUCAUGAGAGGUAAUGAAAUGUGCAACAGCCCACACGCCCACUAGCACCGGCUUAAAUGGAACUCUCUAAUCCAUAAACAUUGAAUGUACUGCAUGAUCCCAAAGGACCAGAAAAUAUAACAACACACAAGCACCACUUGAUAUUUUGCCAAUAUCAUUUAAAUGACGGGACGUACAUUUUUGAAUUGCAAAUAACAAGUAUAAUGUACAUAAAUCAUAAUUUUAUUUCAUUUUACGAUGUAAUCCCGUUUUCAGUGUGUCACAAAAAACUCUUAUACUAAAAUAUUUUGUUUUUAUCAUAAAUGGAAAGGAGGUGCAAAUAUUUGUUUUAAUCUAACGCACGAAAAUGGUUCUUUCUGCAUGUUUACACGUAAAUGCAUCUUUCAUCAACUUUAUAAGACUUGCUACGCUGUUAAGUUAGUCUUUUUCACAGAGUGACAGAGACCCUUGCUUAUCUUAUACCUGUAUCAUUACUUCCCUCUUAAAUACAUACACAAGUUCUUGCCCUUGACACUUUCAUAAGAUUAGUCAUUUUAUUAAUAUGUGAAACAAUAAAAUAACAUAAAGAAAUUGUGAGACUAGUAGCCCUGCCUUAUUUAGGAAUUAUGUUUACUGUAAUUCAUUUACAGCAACGCACGAGCCCUUGCCGGGCCAGGUGUUGAAUACAAUAUACAGUUCUCGUGAUGAUGUUAGUCACAUGAUGAUGUUAGUCAGUCACGUGAUGAUGUCAGUCAUUCUCUAGAUAUUAUGUGAUAACUGAUUUUCCUUUGUAACCUUCUUCUGGGUGUACGUUCAUCAACUCAAAACAAGUUUGUAUAUGGAGACUAAGAUAAUGAAUUGUGGUAUUGGAAUAUGAAUAUACCUAAUGUAUCAAGAAUGCGAACAAUAUAUGUUACAAGACUGUAGAUUGUGUACGAACAAAAAUCGAAGACAAAGAAAAUAAUACCUAUUAGACUCUUUAUUUUAUGUUUUAACCAUGUAUGUUGUUGUUGUUUUAAAUGUGUUGCUAAUAAAACAAAUAUUUAAGUAAAUACUAGACUACUAGACAACUAGAAUAUCCGACAAGAGCAAAAACAAAACAAAAAUACUUUCGUGUUUUAGGUACAAAACAUACAUGAUUAAAUACUUUUUAUAAUUCUUAUACAAGAUUUAGGGUGUCCGCACAUUACUAAUAUGUAUUUAGAAAUGAAAUCAGGCAGACGACAUAAGCCAGGUGGAGGACGAAUGCCAUUUUUGUUCGAGAUAUCAAGAUAUAAGAGUUAUGCAUACGAAUAAAUAUUUCUGAAAAAAAAAUCCAAAUAGCCUCAAAUUUAAAGAAAUGUUCCAAUUUGAUCAUGUAUGGAUUGUAAAAUAUGAAAUAUAUAACAUAUUUUAUAUAAUCUAAAAAUUUAAACAAAAAAGAGAUGAUAUAUUUUACCGACAAUAACCGCUCCCCCUACUAAU